AUGGCAGAACAAAAAGCACUAUUAGUUACAGGACCCGGAGAUCGAAUUGUGUUGGGAACCAGACAUAUACCAACCCCAGGACCAAAAGAAGUUCUAGUAAAGGUAGCAAUUGCAGGAUUGAACCCCCAUGACCAGCUAGUGCGUGAUUUGGGAUAUUUCAUCGGCAACAACGUGCCUGCACCUAUCGGCAUAGAUAUCGUUGGAACAGUCCAUGCCGUUGGAAAGGAUGUCGACAACUUCAAAGUUGGUGACCUGGUAUUCGGAAAUGGGGACCCUUUUGAUGGAGAUUACAUGGCCACGCAAGAAUACGCGCUGAUGGAUAUCGAUUUCUUGGGACAUGUGCCCUCAUCGAUCACACAAGACGAGGCUGCCACCCUGCCUUUGAACGCACUCACAAUGUACAUUGCUCUUUUUGAUGCAUCCACACAUGGUAUUCCCUCUCCUCUGACUCCAGCCGGAAAGUCGUUCGACUAUAAGAAUACGCCACUUGUCAUCCUCGGAGGUGGCUCCAACUGUGGGAAAUUUGCUAUCCAGCUUGCCAAAUGGGCCGGCUUUGGCACCAUCGUUGCAAUCGCUGGGAAAACCAAAGCUGAUUAUCUUGUCGAGCUCGGUGCUACACAUAUUAUUGACAGAACAUUGACCGACGAUCAAAUCGAGUCCGAGGUGCGAAAGAUUGUGGGAGAUGAUCUUUUGCAUGUUUGCACUGCCGUUUUAGCAAAGGAUCAGACAUUGGGUGUUCGCCUUCUGUCUAACAGCAAGAAAGGGAUUCUUGUUCCAGUGACUAAGGGUGCAGUCGAUGAAUCAAAAUUGGGCGACAAAAAGGCUGGAUAUGAGGUGCGCGGAUUCCUCUGUCGCCCGCAUGCAGAGGAUAAACGUGAGCUGGCAACGGUCUUCUGGAAAUCUUUCCCAGAUCUUAUCGAAAAGGGAAUUCUCAGGCCAACUCCUUAUGAAGUAGUCAAGGGCUUGGAUGCAAACAAGAUCAACGAGAUUCUUGAUGCAUAUGGUCAGUCCAAGGGACCAACUAGGCCAAACAUUCAUGUAAGCGGCGCUUAG